AUGUCCGCGAUGUCCGUCGAGGCCUGGAAAUCAGCAGCUGGGGUCGAAUUCCACGUUUUAUGGUCAAAGCGACUCUUGAAGGAGCUGGGGGAUUCGAUUGAAUUCGUCAUCCGUGGGGAUUCUGUGCAGGAAGAGAUCCUCGAUUCACCAACGAGGGGCGAAGGGGAUGGGCAUUGGGCGGACACCGUCGUCGUUAUCGGCCUUGCACUCGAUAGGAUGCUCACUACCCGCCAGCGACAACGAGCAGAGUCUCUCGUCCCCUGGAACCUCGUGUUGGGGAGCCGUAGUAUAGAGGUCUCUUCGUCUCUUCUUGAUGCCUGA